UGGGUUUCUUUCAAUCAGCAAAGUAUGGUGUUCGAAAAGCAACAUAUCGCGUCUUCAUCGUCGAACAACUUGAAGCCCCCUUUGCCGAGAGAAGACACGCCUCUUAUCGGUAAAGGGAAGCCUCUAUCGUCGCAAUCCAAGACCUUUGCCAAUGUUUUGAUAGCCAUAGUUGGUGCUGGGGUUUUGGGUUUGCCUUACGCCUUCAAGAGGACCGGAUGGGUCAUGGGCCUGCUCUUGCUUUUCUCGGUCGCCGGCUUGACCACCUACUGUAUGAUGCUCUUGAUUCACACCCGUCGGAAGCUCGAGUCCUUUGGUAAUGGUUUCGCCAAGAUUUCUUCUUUUGGAGACCUGGGUUACGCCGUCUGUGGCACCUUCGGCAGGUUUGUUGUUGACGUACUCAUCAUUCUCUCUCAAGCUGGAUUCUGUGUUGGGUACCUUAUAUUCAUCGCCAACACUCUAACCAAUCUUUUCAACGGUCAAGUAUCGGUGACCUCGAGCUUAAGUUUAGGGAUGUCCAGUGUUACAGCCAAGAGUUUGUAUGUAUGGGGAUGUUUUCCCUUCCAAUUGGGGUUGAAUUCGGUUCCGACAUUAACCCAUUUAGCUCCAUUGAGUAUUUUUGCUGAUGUUGUGGAUCUUGGGGCUAUGGCAGUGGUGUUGCUGGAGGAUGUGCAACUUAUGUUGAAGCAAAGCCAUGAGGUUAUCACGUUCGGUGGUCUCUCUGUUUUCUUCUAUGGCAUGGGUGUGGCUGUAUAUGCCUUUGAAGGGAUUGGUAUGGUUCUUCCUAUAGAAUCUGAGAUGAAGGAACCCUCCAAGUUUGGCAAAAUAUUGACACUUAGCAUGGGUUUGAUUUCUUUGAUAUAUGGAGCGUUCGGCGCGCUUGGUUAUCUUGCAUUUGGUGCUGAUACCAAAGACAUUAUUACUGCUAAUUUGGGGGCAGGCUGGAUCAGUGCUUUGGUUCAGCUCGGUCUUUGCAUCAACUUAUUUUUUACCUUCCCUUUGAUGAUGAACCCCGUUUAUGAGAUUGUAGAGAGGCGAUUUUGGGGAGGACGUUACUGCUUAUGGCUUAGAUCUGCUGUUUUGAUUGUAAGUUUGGUAGCUUUGUUCGUCCCAAAUUUUGCUGAUUUCUUGUCUUUGGUUGGAAGUAGUGUGUGCUGCGGUUUGGGUUUUGUAUUGCCAGCUUUGUUUCAUUUGCUGGUGUUCAAGGAAGAGCUGGGGUGGAAAGGAUGGACCAUGGACGUUGGAAUCGUGACCUUGGGCCUCGUUCUUGGAGUUUCGGGAACUUGGUCUGCUCUCGUGGAGAUUUUCGCUGUCAAGGUGUAGAGG